UCCAUCCUCUAAGUCGCGACUCCAUACCCGCACCUGGGACGCGCCCUUGCCCCACCACCAGGCCUCAUUUCCACAAUAACGAUUGUAAUGACCAUAUAGGCCAUCACGCCUACACGUUCCUUUUCCAAAUUUAAUAUUUGACACUGCAGCGACCUGCAAACGACCGAAGAUAGUACCGCGCCAUCGCCGAAACCAAUGCGCCUGCCUUCCGCAACAGCGAUCGCGCAACACACUGGAUACCCACAACACUAUUCGGCGCACCCUACGUGGGACUUGUAAAGGUGGAGGAGCGGCUGUAGGCUGCACAUAACAUCGCCAUGGCGACUCACAACUUCGAGGCUAUGGCCUCUAAGUUGGAUGACCCAAACUCUGAUCUCAGAGCGAAAGGCACCCAGGCGAUUGAGAUACGGGACAACAUUGAGAGCUACUGUCAAGGGCAGCAGUACAGCACAUUCUUGAACCAUCUGGUCCCUGUAUUUCUCAAGAUACUAGAUGGCAACCCAGUCUUCAUCUCGACAUCGCCCGAACAGCGCAUACGCAACUGCGUCCUCGAGAUCUUGCACCGACUGCCGAUGAACCCGACGGAAGCGAUCGAACCGCAUGCGGCUAAGAUUGUAGACAAGCUCAUGAGUCUUGUGAAGCUGGAAAACGAGGAUAAUGCGGUGCUAUGCAUGAAGACCAUCAUGGACUUCCAACGCCACCAGACCAAGGCUCUCGCUGAUCGGGUUCAGCCUUUCCUGGAUCUAAUCCAGGAAAUGUUCGAGACAAUGGAGCAAGCAGUACACGACACAUUUGACAGCAACACGACAGCCUCAGCCUCGCAGGGCGUCCCUUCCACACCCAACAACCACCAAUUCUCCCAGUCGCCACGUCCGAGCUCACCAGCGACCGCUCUUACGUCCUCCGCAGGAGAUAUUGGGUCGGAACACCAACAAACUCGCAUGUUGCUCAAGGGAAUGCAGUCGUUCAAAGUCCUCGCCGAAUGUCCGAUAAUAGUAGUAUCUCUAUUUCAGGCAUACAGGAACUGUGUGAACAAGAACGUCAAACUUUUUGUACCGCUGAUCAAGAACGUACUUUUGCUCCAGGCAAAACCGCAAGAGAAGGCGCAUGAGGAGGCCAAGGCCCAGGGCAAGAUCUUCACCGGCGUUAGCAAAGAGAUCCGUAAUCGUGCAGCCUUUGGCGACUUCAUUACCGCCCAAGUCAAGACCAUGAGCUUCCUGGCCUACUUGCUCAGAGUGUAUGCGAAUCAGCUAAACGACUUCCUUCCGACCCUCCCGGAUAUUGUGGUUCGAUUGCUCAAGGACUGUCCACGGGAGAAAUCUGGUGCACGGAAAGAGCUCUUGGUUGCUAUCAGACAUAUCAUCAACUUCAACUUCCGCAAGAUCUUUCUGAAGAAGAUUGACGAGCUCUUGGACGAAAGGACGCUGAUUGGCGAUGGUCUCACAGUGUACGAGACGAUGCGACCGCUCGCCUACAGCAUGUUGGCAGAUCUGAUACAUCAUCUGCGAGAAUCGCUGUCGAAGGAGCAGAUUCGACGCACAGUGGAGGUGUACACAAAGAAUCUACACGACACAUUCCCUGGAACUAGCUUCCAAACCAUGAGCGCAAAGCUUCUUCUCAACAUGGCUGAGUGCAUCGCAAAGCUGGAACCCAAGGAGGAUGCUCGGUACUUCUUGAUCAUGAUACUGAACGCCAUCGGCGAUAAGUUCGCAGCGAUGAACCGUCAGUACCACAACGCUGUUAAGCUCUCAGCGCAGUACAGCCAGCCGUCUAUUGAUGCCGUAGAUGAGAACCACAUGGCUGUUCAGGAAAAUCCUCCGGAUUGGGAUGAGAUUGACAUCUCUAACGCGACGCCCAUCAAGACAUCGAACCCGCGAGACAGGAGCUCCGACCCAAUCGCUGAUAACAAAUUCUUGUUCAAGAAUCUGCUACAUGGGCUCAAGAAUCUCUUUUACCAGUUGCGAGCCUGCAAUCCAGCCAAGAUAAAGGACGAGAUUGAUCCGACAAACGCAUCCGCGAACUGGCACGAAGUAUCGUUUGGAUACAAUGCAGAAGAGGUGGAGGUCCUCAUCAAGCUGUUCCGUGAAGGAGCGAAGGUAUUCCGUUACUACGGCACCGACAAGGCUCCUGAAACCCAAGGCUUGUCACCAGGAGAUUUCAUGGGCAAUCAGCACAUGAUGUCAAGUGGCAAAGAAGAGAAGGACCUCUUGGAGACGUUCGCAACUGUUUUCCACCACAUUGAUCCGGCUACGUUCCACGAAGUGUUUUCAUCCGAGAUACCCCAUUUGUACGAUAUGAUGUUCGAUCACCCAGCGUUGCUCCACGUUCCACAGUUUCUUCUCGCUUCCGAGGCUACGUCACCCAGCUUUUCGGGCAUGUUGUUACAGUUUCUCAUGGACCGAAUCGAAGAGGUCGGUACUGCCGAUGUGAAGAAGUCUUCCAUCCUACUCCGCCUCUUCAAGCUUUCCUUUAUGGCUGUCACGCUCUUCUCUGCCCAGAACGAGCAAGUGCUUCUGCCACAUGUCAGCAAGAUCAUAACAAAGUCGAUUCAAUUGUCAACCACAGCUGAGGAGCCUAUGAACUACUUCCUGCUGCUUAGAUCACUCUUCAGGAGUAUCGGCGGUGGCAGAUUUGAGCAUCUAUACAAGGAAAUCCUCCCUUUGCUGGAAAUGCUACUCGAUGUGCUCAACAAUCUCCUCUUGACGGCGCGCAAGCCUGCUGAAAGAGACCUUUUUGUCGAGCUAUCUCUUACAGUCCCCGCGCGGCUCAGUAACCUCUUGCCACAUCUCAGCUACUUGAUGAGGCCGCUAGUCGUAGCCUUGCGAGCUGGGUCAGACCUUGUUGGUCAAGGGCUGCGUACUCUGGAGCUCUGUGUGGAUAACCUCACCGCAGAUUAUCUAGAUCCAAUCAUGGCACCAGUUAUUGACGAGCUCAUGGCUGCACUGUGGGAGCACCUAAAACCAAACCCAUACAGCCACUUCCAUGCUCAUACCACGAUGCGCAUUCUCGGAAAGCUAGGAGGUCGCAACCGCAAGUUCAUUACUGGCCCACCAGAGCUAGAUUUCAAACCGUACUCUGACGAUCAAUCGUCCAUCGACAUCCGGCUCAUCGGCUCUACUAAGGAUCGCGCCUUUCCUGCCGCUGUAGGUAUCGACACUGCUAUUGCGAAGCUUCACGAGGUUCCGAAGACUCCAGCAGCAAAGAAGUCGGACACCUUCCACAAGCAGCAAGCUCUUCGUCUCAUCACCGCGCACACUAAGCUGCUGGUCGGCUUCGACAGCUUGCCAGAAGACUUUGCUCAGCUAGUACGCCUGCAAGCGAACGACUUAUGUGCGAAGAAGUUUGAUGUUGGCUACGACAUCCUCACUGCAUCUGAGCGUGAGAAGUCCAUCACGAAGAAAAGUGUGGAACAGGAAACACUCAAAAAGCUGCUGAAAGCGAGCAUCUUUGCUGCUUCUAUACCUGAGCUGAAGUUGGAGGCUGAGGCUCUGGUAAGUAACUUGGCAAAACAUUUCACGCUUCUCGAGCUUGGAACGCAGUUCGCUACACUCAAACACAAGAACAAGCCGUUCGAUGUGCAUUCGGGAGAAGGACCUGUUGUCAUCGAGAGCGAUGUUGUGUCUGAAGCUAUCGGCGAAUCUCUGGCUUCAGAACAUGGCGCAGUACGGGACGCUGCUGAACAGGCUAUCCUCACAAUGCGCGACGCUACGAAAGCAAUCUUUGGAAACGACAGCUCGCUCGACAAGUUCGUGUUCUUCAACGAGCUCUCGAGUACCUUUUGUCACAACUGUCACGCCGAUGAUUGGUUCAUGAAGUCCGGUGGAACCCGGGGUAUUGAAAUUAUGAUCAAGCAGUUGGGCCUUCCUCAGUCCUGGCUUGUACCCCGCCACUUCGAGCUCGUCCGGGCUCUCAAUUUUGUCAUGAAGGAUAUGCCUAUUGAUCUCGACUCAAAGACGCGCAUACAAGCAGAAGGACUUAUCCAGGACCUCAUCAGGCGCUGCCACAAGAAGACGACUAAAGAAGAGUUCGACAAGGGUAACAACAUCACUCUGAAGCUCUGCCAACAGCUUGUAGGCGACCUUUCGCAUAUGAACAAGAGUGUCCGAGAUGCGACACAGAAGGCAUUCCAGGUGUUGGCGGAUGUGACGGAGUUGAGCGUUAGUGAUCUUAUCACACCGGUAAAGGACAGACUCAUUCUUCCAAUUUGGACGAAACCGCUGCGCGCACUACCCUUCAGCAUUCAAAUUGCCUACAUCGACGCGAUCACCUUCUGUUUGAAGCUCAAAAACAACAUUCUCGAAUUCAAUGAACAACUUACGAGGUUGUUGAUGGAGUCGCUGGCGCUAGCUGACGCAGAAGAUGAGCACCUGGCUAGUAAACCUUUCGAGCAGCGGAACGCUGACCACAUUGUCAAUCUGCGAGUCGCAUGUAUCCGCCUCCUCUCCACCGCUCAAACCUUCCCCGAGUUCAGCACUACUCCACCGAACCAGACUUUCCUCCGCAUCAUCGCUGUCUUCUUCAAGUGUCUCUACUCAAAGUCGCCAGAGGUCAUUGAGGCAGCCAACAUUGGUCUAUCGGGAGUGAUUUCAGCGACCAACAAGCUGCCCAAAGACGUUCUCCAGAGUGGCCUCCGCCCUAUCCUCGUCAACCUACAAGAUCCAAGAAAGCUCUCUGUCGAGAAUCUUGACGGGUUGGCACGAUUGUUGAAGCUUCUCACAAACUACUUCAAGGUGGAAAUCGGAACUCGGUUGCUUGAUCAUUUGAAGAGUAUUGCCGAUCAAAACAGUUUGCAGAAGAUCUCAUUCACGAUGAUUGAGCAGAAUCCUAAGAUGAAGAUCGUAACGGGUAUCUUCAACAUCUUCCACUUGCUUCCAGCGGCCGCUGCCACAUUCCUCAAACAGAUCAUUGAGAAGGUCAUCGAAUUGGAAACUGCACUUCGUAGGACGCACUACAGCCCAUUCAGGGAGCCACUAAUCAAGUACCUCUGCAUGUAUCCCAAAGAAGCCUGGGACUACUUCGCGCCUAACCUGAAAGACCAGACGCAGGGGCGCUUCUUCGCUCAGCUACUCGAGAACCCAGCAAGCGAAGUUCUUCGCAAGCAAGUCAUGGAAGAUGUCCCUGGCUUCUUGAGCGCCAUGAACCCCGAAGGUAGCGACAAGGAGAAGUGUCAAGCGCAACUUAACGGUAUCCACAUCGCGUAUGCGCUCAGCCAGUCUGAAGAGACGAGCAAGUGGCUUGUUUCCAACGAGGACUUGCGAAAAGGUCUCUUCGAGGCAGGCCGGAGCUUAGAGAAGAAGCUUAGGAUAAACUCCCUUGACUCGGAGCUGCGUUUGGCAACGGAACAGGCUGGCGAUCAAAUCAUGAUCAUCUUCACGACAUACCUUAAGCAAGAGCCGAACAAUCUGGACUUCUUUUUCGAGCUUGUUGAUGCUGUCACAUCUGAGGAGUUGAAGGCUUCGCCACGGCUGUUUGACUUCAUCUACGAGCAGAUCAUCUCGAGCGAGUCUGUCGAUUACUGGAAGACUAUUGUGAACAAGUGUAUCGACCUAUACACUUCUCGCAACUCCUCCCAGAAGACGAAAACCUUCAUCUUCCGUUACAUUGUCAACCCCAUCUUUGCCAUGGAUGUGAAACGCAAUUGGGACAGCUUGUUCGGUCCGAAGGCCAAGGGUACGAAAUUCAUGGACAAGGCUAUGACAGAAGCUAUCCACAGCCGACUCUGGAAACCGCAGUCAACACUGGAGCUUUCUGAGGAUACGGCGCAGCUUGGUGUUGACCACUCGCGAAUGGAACUCCUCCAGCUCACCACGCUUCUUCUUAAGCACUACCCUGGCAUGAUCCAGGAUGCUCGUAAAGAUGUCAUCAAGUUUGCCUGGAAUUACAUCAAGCUUGAAGAUAUCAUCAACAAGUAUGCGGCUUACGUACUUAUCGCCUUUUUCAUCGCUGCGUUUGACACACCUGUCAAGAUUGCCGUGCAAGUCUAUCAAGCCCUUUUAAAGGCACACCAGAACGAAGGUCGAUCGUUGGUCAUGCAAGCGCUUGAACUCAUGGCUCCCGUCCUGAAGAAGCGCAUGCCUUCAGUGCCCGGCGGUGACUCCAAGAUGCCUCGCUGGAUUCAGUACCCACGCAAGAUCUUAUCCGAGGAGAGCUCCAAUCUGCAGCAGCUGAUGAGCAUUUUCAACUUCGUGGUCCGUCAUCCCGAUUUGUUCUACGAGGGCCGUGAACAUUUGUCUUCGAUCAUUAUUACAGCUCUGUCGAAGAUUGCGCAACCUCCCAAUCCCUCAACCGACGCCAAGAAGCUUGCAUUGAACUUGAUCAGCUUGAUCAGGACGUGGGAGGAACGUACAGCAAGCGAAAGUGCAGGUACAGUUGAUCGGUUAUCCCAGUCGCCACAGGCAUUGAAGAGGCGAGCAGAUGGAUCCGCUGUCAAUACCAACUCCUCGCCGAGAGGCUUUGUUGCUGGGUCUGGCAUUCGAAUGAUGCUCAUCAAAUAUCUGAUCCAAUUCAUAGCCUACUUGCCAGAACGCUUCCCGGUCGCUUCACCGAAACCCAAGGAUACCACCACGAUGGCUACCACAUCACCUCAGUCGGCGGAGAUCUGCAAGAAGGCUGUGCAGUUGUUGCACGACUUGCUUUCGCCACGACUAUGGAACGACCUGGAUCUGGACCUCAUGCUUAGCAAGAAGAUCGAAGAGAUCCUUCUUACUGAGAUGAAACAGGAGGAUAAACCUGAGGUCUUCAGCACCCGCAUGAUCAACACGCUACAAAUAGUCAAGGUCAUUGUCAACGUCAAGCCGGAUGACUGGGUGCUGCAACGUAUACCACAAUUCCAAAAGAUAUUAGAGAAGCCAAUUCGAUCCGAGAACCCAGACGUACAGGCCAGUUUGCACGCGACUGAUGAGUCGGACGACGGCACAAUGAAGCUGAAGCCUAUCCUGAAGCGGCUUCUGGAGGUCAUGCCCGAACCCGUGACCGACGACGAAGGCAACACCGAAGAGUCUCCAUCAACUGAAUUCGUCAGCUUCCUCGGCACCAUUGCUACGGAGGCUCUCUCUAACAGCUCUUAUGUUAGCGCCAUCAAUAUCUUGUGGACUCUGUGCCAAAAGCGACCUGAAGAGAUCGAUCAACAUAUUCCAUCGGUCAUGAAGGCAUUCCAAGGCAAAAUGGCCAAGGAUCACCUCGCCGGCAGCAGCGGCAUUCCAGGACAGCCAGUACCACCUGCUAUGCGCCCUGAAGGAGCCAACCCGCCUACUGACCCACGCGAGGUUGAGAUUCAGACUGAUCUCGUCCUCAAGACGGUCGACAUCCUUGCUGCGCGCAUGAACGAGCUGGGCGAAAACCGAAGACCCUAUCUCAGUGUACUUGCUUCACUCGUAGAGCGAUCCCAAACCAACUCUGUCUGUAUGAAGGUACUGGACCUUGUCGAAGAAUGGAUCUUCCACUCUACCGAGCCUGUGCCGACACUCAAGGAGAAGACGGCAGUCUUAAGCAAGAUGCUGCUCUUCGAACACCGGGCAGAUACGUCGCUGCUGACCCGCUUCUUGGAUCUCGUCAUCCGCAUCUACGAAGAUCCCAAGAUUACAAGGAGUGAACUUACAGUACGUAUGGAGCAUGCAUUUUUGAUCGGUACUCGAGCGCAGGAUGUCGAGAUGCGGAACCGAUACAUGACCAUCUUCGACAAGAGCCUAAGUCGCACAGCAGCUAGUCGCCUAAGCUACGUGCUCGCGUCCCAGAACUGGGACACACUUUCUGACAGCUACUGGCUCAGCCAAGUCAUUCACUUGAUGUUUGGCUCUGUUGAGAUGAACACGCCGGCACAGCUUCAUUCCGAAGACUUUCGUCUUAUGCAACCCACGGCUCUGUUCGGGUCGUACAGUAGAGACCCUAGGAUUGCAGACGUCAUAGUUGACGAUGAACUGGAGAACCUUGUUAAUGGCCAUCGCCGUUUCUGCAACCAAUUGGCCGACGUCAAGAUCAAGGACAUUUUCGAACCACUAGGGCAUCUGCAACACACCGAUAGCAACCUCGCACACGACAUCUGGAUUGCCUUCUUUCCGCUUGCCUGGACAGCGCUUACGAAGGACGAUCAGAGCGAUCUUGAGAAAGGUAUGGCUGCACUGCUUACCAAAGACUACCACUCUCGUCAACUUGACAAGCGACCCAACUGUGUUGCCACCAUGCUUGAUGGUAUCGUUCACGCUCGGCCACGAGUCAAGUUUCCGCCCCACAUCAUGAAGUACCUCGCUCAAACAUACAACGCGUGGUACACUGCUGCUGUGUAUAUGGAAGACUCCGCUAUCUCGCCUGUCGUCGAUGUCGAGAAGCUACGCGAGAGCAAUCUGGAUGCUUUACUGGAAAUAUACAGUGGUUUACAAGAAGACGACUUGUUCUAUGGAACAUGGCGGCGACGUUGCCAGUUCAUAGAGUCCAACGCUGCUCUAUCCUACGAGCAAUGUGGUAUCUGGGACAAAGCACAGCAAAUGUACGAGGCUGCGCAGAUAAAGGCGCGCACCUCCGUCUUGCCCUUCAGUACUGGGGAGUACAUGCUUUGGGAGGAUCACUGGGUGAUUUGCGCACAGAAGCUGCAGCAAUGGGAAAUCUUGAGUGACUUCGCCAAGCAUGAGAACUUCAACGACCUCUACCUGGAGUCAACCUGGCGAGUAUUCGAUGCUUGGCAGAAUGCUGAGACACGCGAGCAGCUCGAUGCAACUAUCAAGGCUGUCAGCGAUGCGCCAACACCACGAAGAGUCUUCUUCCAGACCUUUAUGUCUCUUCUCAAGCUUCACAACAAGCAGGAGUCGCAACCGGAGUUCCAUCGAUUGUGCGAUGAGUCGAUUCAGCUUUCAAUCAGGAAAUGGCACCAGCUUCCUAGGCGCAUCACUCAGGCUCACAUCCCACUGCUGCAACACUUCCAGCAGCUGGUCGAGCUUCACGACGCAAGCGUCAUCUGCCAGAGUCUCGCGCAGACUACUCAAGUCAACCUUGACGUCAAGUCUCAAGAGUUGAAGUUGCUCCUCAGCACAUGGCGUGACCGUUUACCAAACUUCUGGGACGAUAUCAAUGCAUGGCAAGAUCUCGUGACCUGGCGACAGCACAUCUUCCAGCUCAUCAACGGCGUCUACCUUAACCUCCUUCCGCCAAACCAGAACAAUGCCAGCGGCAAUUCCUUUGCUUACCGAGGUUAUCAUGAGACGGCAUGGAUCAUCAACCGAUUUGCGCAUGUGGCGCGCAAGCAUAACUUGCCAGAAGUUUGCAUCAACCAGCUUGGACGCAUCUACACCCUUCCCAACAUCGAGAUUCAGGAAGCCUUCCUGAAGCUGCGCGAACAGGCCAAGUGUCACUACCAGAUCAAAGCCGAUCUCAAUAGCGGGCUGGACGUGAUUAACAACACCAAUCUUAACUACUUCGGACCCAACCAAAAGGCCGAGUUCUACACGCUCAAGGGUAUGUUCUUGGCCAAGUUGGGUCAGAAGAACGAAGCUGGUGAAGCAUUUGGUACUGCCUUAUACUUCGACAUCAAGCUGCCUAAGGCUUGGGCGGAAUGGGGUAGGUACAACGACAUGUUAUUCAAGGAGGAACCUCAGAACCUGGAGAGGGCUGAGGCGGCACUCAGCUGCUACCUUGAAGCAGCGAGUCAAUUCAAGAACGCAAAGUCAAGGAAAUUGUUGGGACGUGUGUUGUGGUUACUCAGCUUGGACAACCCGGAGAGGAAGUUGGCGGAGAAAUUCGAAGAGUUCAAGGGUGACACUCCGGCGUGGUAUUGGAUAACUUACAUUCCGCAGUUGUUGAACAGUCUCUCACGACAAGAAGCCCCCAUCGCUAGAUCCAUUCUCGGCAAGCUGGCGAAGACUUACCCACAGGCGCUUUACUGUCAUCUCCGGACAACGCGGGAAGACAUGGCGGUCCUCAAGAAGACGCACGAGCAGAAGGAGGCGAAAGAGAAGGCCGCGAAGGCUAAACAACAACAGGGACAGGCAUCGCCAGCACCGAAGCAGGCUUCACCAGAUACCAGGCCCGGUUCCAGCACAGGUAGCCGACCAACGACUGCAGGUGCUGACAUCAAAUCUGCUGCGAAUGGCACACCGAAUGGUACAGUGAAGACAGAAACCGCCACGCAAGAUGGCGCACCCGCCCCUAGCGAGGCUGCGCCAGCGCCAAAGAAGCCCUGGGACCACGUCGAGGAGAUCAGCGCUAUCCUCAAGACAGCGUUCCCUCUCCUCGCUCUUAGUAUGGAGACGAUGCUGGAUCAGAUUCAGAAGAACUUCAAGUGCCCUCCAGAUGAAGAUGCCUAUCGACUCAUCGUUGCUCUGCUCAAUGAUGGUUUGUCCUACGUCGGCCGCCAACCAAAUCUCUACGCAAGAGAGAUCAAGUUGCCAGCAUCAACUGAGGCUAACAUCACACGUUUCGCUGAGUCAGUUCUUCCGCCUCACAUCCGCAAGGCAUUCGAGAAAGACUUCGUCACCAACAAGCCGACGAUGUACGAGUACAUCCAGAAGUUGCGCACUUGGCGAAAUCGCUUUGAGGAGAGGCUUGAUCGCAGGAAGCUCACAGUCCCGCUCGAACAGUACACGCAUCAACUCAGCGAGUUCCGCUUCCUCAAGUUCGACGAUGUUGAAGUGCCCGGGCAGUAUCUGCAACAUCGCGAUAAGAACUCCGACUUUGUACGCAUUGAGCGCUUCCUCCCUGAUGUGGAGCUGGUUCGCGGUGUUGGUAUUUGCCAUCGUCGCCUCAGGAUUCGUGGCCACGACGGAAGCGUGCACCCGUUCGCUAUUCAGUUCCCCGCUGCUAGAAGCUCGAGACGUGAGGAGCGUAUCUUGCAGUUGUUCCGCAUCUUCAACGGUAUCCUGGCUAAACGCAAGGAGAGUCGGAGGAGAAAUCUCCAGUUCCAUCUCCCACUCAUGGUACCAAUCACGCCUAGCGUGCGCAUGGUACAAGAUGAUGCGUCUUACAUCAACAUGCAAGGCAUCUACGAGGAUUAUUGCCGCAAGAACGGUAUCAACAAGGAUGAGCCAGUGCUUUUCAGCAUUGAGAAGCUGAGAGCACUCCAGCCAAAGAAUCUGGAUCAUGCCAACAGCAUUCGCCUCGAGACCUUCGCUGCCGUACAGGAGAAGUACGUGCCACCGACCGUUAUACAAGACUACUUCCGCGCUACCUUCCCUACUUUCGCCGACUUCUGGCUCUUCCGCCGUACCUUCAGCUACCAACUCGCUGCAUUGACAUUCAUGACUUACGUUAUGCACAUGAACACGCGCUUCCCACAGAAGAUCAGCGUCUCACGAUCCAGCGGCCGCAUCUGGGGCUCCGAGCUCAUCCCCAGCAUGGCAGUCGGAAAGCCUAUAUUGCACAACUCUGAACCCGUUCCAUUCCGUCUGACACCCAACCUACAAACUCUCAUGGGUCCGCUGAACCUCGAGGGCAUCUUCGCGCCUAGCGUCAUGACCGUGGCACGCUGUUUGAUCGAACCAGAAGGCGAGCUGGAGAUGCAACUCAGUAUCUUCAUGCGCGAUGAAAUGAACCACUGGUUUACGUCGCAGCACAAGGCCAGCCAACUUACGCCAGAGGUGCUAAGGGAAAGCGUGCAGAGCAAUAGCGAUCUUGUGGUCAAGAGGGCUAGUGCAAUUGGUAGUCUGCCUACGGGUGCUAACCUACCGGCUAACCAGACGGUUGUGGAUCUUGUGGCUGUUGCGGUGCAUCCGGCUAAGUUGAGUCAGUGUGAUCCACUUUGGAUGGGCUACUUGUAAUCGGGUUAAGGUGACUGGAUCUUUAGAAAGGUGUAUGGUGUUUAAGGGCAAAAAGGAUAUGUUCAACUACUUAGUGCAUGGCGUGGUGGUAAAAAAGAGCAUUGGCGCAGUGAGGAGUUCGGGAAUGCCUAUCAGAUUUUGUAUUCUUCUGCAAGGCGUUGGUACGAUACAAGGAUAGUUCUUACUCUGUUAGGACCAUCUUUUUCAUUUAGUUCUUCUAGGUAUGCUUUAUGGUGCAUCAUAGAAGGAUUGUCGUGUUACGCUAGCAGGUAUCUUGUAUCAAAUAAUACUGAGU